GGCGAGAGACGGAGGGAGGGAGCGAGCGAGGCAGACCAGACAGACAGACAGGCGGGCGGGCGGGCAAAGCGAGCCACCCGCCAGGCUGCGCUCAGCCCCGCUCGCAGCGGAGAGAGCAGAAGGCAGGAGGAGGGAGGGGAGGAGGGGGAGGGAGGGAGAGAGGGAAUCUAGCUACCACCACCCAAAGCCAGCGUCUGCUUUCUGUCCUCAUUUCCUUUUCCCACCCAGCUCUGAAAGCAGAGAAAGGCAGAGGGAGCGAGAGAUAGAGACAGUCAGAGAGACAGACAGACAGCCAGAGAGAGCAGGAGGGAGGAGGGCGGAGGAGGAGGAGCAGGAGGAGGACUACGCGGGGCGCGUUCCCUCCCAGCUGCCGAGCGCCCGCGUCGCUGCCGCGGCCGGAAGACAGACGCCCCCCAAAGCCCCUCGCCUGGCUCGGACCAACGGAGCCGGCAGCCCAGCACUCCGAUGGGAGCUUGCCUGCCUGUCUGCCAAUUGGCCUGGACCCCAGAGCCUGCCCAGCUAAGUGCGUGCAGAGUGCCCCGGCUUCGGGGCGACUCUCAGGCCACCGAAGAGACCACCCUGGAAUCACUGGCGAAGACAGGCCUUUCUUGCUGAGCUGGGCCUGUCUGCACAGCCUGCUCAGGAUCGGUAUGAAGAAUUAAAUGAAACGAUGCCUGGACAGCUUCCAGCCCAGUGCCUGGCGCGCAGUAGGUGCUCACUAAACCUGAGCUGCGGUGGUCCUUUCCAGGCGCUGUCCACGCCCCGAGGCCUGGGCUCAGGCCGAAGCUGCUCCACAGCACCCCCAGCUGACAGCCAGCGACUGGCAGAGCCCCCAGGCACGGGGGCCCUCUCUCUUUCAGGUCCUGGUCCCGGCUUCUCGCACCCUCAUGUCAGCCCCGGCCCCGCCCGGCGGCCCGCGGAGGACAAGGUCAGGAUGCGUGUGAAGCCCCAGGGCCUGGUGGUGACUUCCAGUGCCGUGUGCAGCUCUCCUGACUACCUCCGGGAGCCCAAGUACUACCCCGGCGGCCCCCCCACCCCCCGGCCCUUGCUUCCCGCCCGGCCCCCUGCCAGCCCACCCGACAAGGCCUUCGCCCACACCUUCUCCGAGAACCCGCGCCCACCCCCACGCCGGGACCCCAGCACCCGGCGCCCACCAGUCCUUGCCAAGGGGGACGACCCGCUGCCCCCGAGGGCGGCCCGUCCUGUCUCCCAGGCCCGCUGCCCCACCCCCGCGGGAGACGGCAGCAGCUCCCGACGGCGCUGGGACAACGGGCGGGUGAACCUGCGUCCAGUGGUCCAGCUGAUUGACAUCAUGAAGGACCUGACCCGGCUCUCCCAGGACCUGCAGCACAGCGGUGUGCACCUGGACUGCGGUGGCCUCCGGCUCAGCCGCCCACCUGCCCCGCCCCCUGGGGACCUUCAGUAUAGCUUCUUCUCCUCACCCAGCCUGGCCAACAGCAUCCGCAGCCCUGAGGAGCGGGCCACCCCCCACGCCAAGUCUGAGCGGUCCAGCCACCCCCUCUACGAGCCUGAGCCUGAGCCUAGGGACAGUCCCCAGCCCGGCCAAGGCCAUAGUCCCGGAGCCACGGCCGCGGCCACCGGUCUGCCACCAGAGCCCGAGCCAGACGGCCCUGAUUACUCAGAACUCGCUGACGCCGACAUCCUGAGUGAGCUGGCCUCCCUUACUUGCCCCGAGGCCCAGCUGCUGGAGGCCCAGGCCCUCGAGCCACCGUCGCCUGAGCCAGAGCCUCAGCUCCUAGACCCCCAGCCCCGCUUCCUGGACCCGCAGGCACUAGAGCCGCUCGGGGAAGCUUUGGAGCUGCCGCCCCUGCAACCUCUUGCUGAUCCUCUGGGGUUGCCGGGCCUGGCUCUACAGGCCCUAGAUACCCUGCCCGACUCCCUGGAGUCGCAGCUGCUCGACCCUCAGGCACUUGACCCCCUGCCCAAGUUGCUUGACGUCCCUAGCCGCCGUCUGGAGCCCCAGCAACCCCUGGGACCCUGCCCGCUGGCUGAGCCCUUGCGCCUGGACUUGUGCUCACCUCAUGGCCCUCCUGGGCCUGAGGGUCACCCCAAAUACGCCUUGCGGCGCACCGAUAGGCCAAAGAUCCUGUGUCGCCGACGGAAAGCCGGACGGGGACGCAAGGCAGACGCCGGCCCCGAGGGCCGUCUGCUGCCCCUGCCUGUGCCCACAGGGCUGGCGGCUGCCCUGGCUGAGCCCCCGCCCCCGCCCCCGCCCCCACCUCACGCCCUGCCCGGCCCAGGCCCAGUCCCAGAGCUGGAGUCCGAAUCCUCCCAGACCCCAGUGGUCCCUACCCGCAGAGGCAAGUGCCGGGGCGUGCGGCGCAUGGUGGUCAAGAUGGCCAAGAUCCCCGUGUCACUGGGCCGGCGGAACAAGACCACGUACAAGGUGUCGUCUUUGAGCAGCAGCCUGAGCGUGGAGGGCAAGGAGCUGGGCCUGCGCGUGUCCACAGAGCCCACCCCGCUGCUGAAGAUGAAGAACAAUGGGCGGAACGUGGUGGUGGUCUUCCCACCCGGCGAGAUGCCCAUCAUUCUCAAGCGGAAGCGCGGCCGCCCUCCUAAGAACCUGCUCCUGGGCCCCGGCAAGCCCAAGGAGCCAGCGGUGGUGGCGGCCGAGGCAGCCACUGUGGCGGCAGCCACCAUGGCCAUGCCGGAGGUGAAGAAACGGCGGCGGCGGAAGCAGAAGCUGGCAUCUCCCCAGCCGUCCUACGCAGCGGAUGCCAACGACAGCAAGGCCGAGUACUCAGACGUCCUCGCCAAGCUGGCCUUCCUGAACCGCCAGAGCCAGUGCGCUGGGCGGUGCUCACCGCCCCGCUGCUGGACACCCAGUGAGCCCGAGUCAGUGCACCAGGCGCCCGACACGCAGAGCAUCUCCCACUUCCUGCACCGUGUGCAGGGCUUCCGACGGCGAGGUGGCAAAGCAGGCGGUUUUGGUGGCCGGGGUGGGGGCCACGCGGCCAAGGCGGCCCGAUGCUCCUUCAGCGACUUCUUUGAGGGCAUCGGCAAGAAAAAGAAGGUGGUGGCCGUGGCAGCCGCUGGGGUCGGGGGCCCUGGCCUCGCUGAGUUGGGGCACCCACGCAAACGGGGCCGGGGGGAGGUAGACGCCGUGACUGGGAAGCCCAAACGCAAGAGGCGGUCCCGGAAGAACGGGACUCUGUUCCCGGAACAGGUGCCCAGCGGCCCAGGCUUUGGGGAGGCAGGCACCGAGUGGGCCGGGGACAAGGGUGGUGGCUGGGCCCCUCACCAUGGGCACCCAGGCGGGCAAGCUGGCCGAAACUGCGGGUUCCAGGGGACCGAGGCCCGGGCCUUUGCCUCCACUGGGCUAGAGAGCGGGGCUUCGGGCCGUGGCAGCUACUACAGCACAGCCGCACCUGCGGGCCAGACGGAGCUCAGCCAGGAGCGCCAGAACCUCUUCACCGGCUAUUUUCGCUCCCUGCUCGACUCGGAUGACUCCUCCGACCUCUUGGACUUUGCCCUCUCAGCCUCUCGCCCCGAGUCCCGGAAGGCAUCAGGCACCUACACAGGGCCCCCCAGCAGCGCCCUGCCCGCCCAGCGGGGCCUGGCCACCUUCCCCAGCCGGGGAGCCAAGGCCAGCCCGGUGGCGGUGGGCAGCAGCGGGGCUGGGGCGGACCCCUCCUUCCAGCCGGUUCUGUCCACUCGCCAGACCUUCCCGCCGGGCCGGGCAGCGAGCUAUGGGCUAACCCCCGGCACUUCAGACUGCCGGGCAGCCGAGACCUUCCCGAAGCUGGCUCCUCUGGCUUCUGCCGUGGCCCGCUCACCUACCACACACCCGCCUGCCAACACCUACCCCCCGCAGUACGGGGGCUACGGGGCUGGACAAAGUGUAUUCGCACCCGCUAAGCCCUUUACGGGCCAGGACUGCGCUAAUAGCAAGGACUGCAGCUUCGCCUACGGCAGUGGCAACAGCCUCCCUGCCUCACCCAGCAGCGCCCACAGCGCCGGCUACGCCCCACCGCCUACCGGUGGCCCCUGCCUGCCACCGAGCAAGGCAUCCUUCUUCAACAGCUCUGAGGGGGGCCCCUUCUCUGGUUCGGCCCCCACACCCCUGCGCUGUGACAGCCGGGCCAGCACGGUCUCACCCGGCGGCUACAUGGUACCCAAAGGCACCACAGCCUCUGCCACCUCUGCCGCGUCCUCGUCGUCCUCCUCCUUCCAGCCCUCGCCUGAGAACUGUCGGCAGUUUGCGGGGGCUUCUCAGUGGCCUUUCCGGCAGGGCUAUGGAGGCCUGGACUGGGCCUCGGAGGCCUUCAGUCAGCUCUACAAUCCUGGUUUCGACUGCCACGUCAGCGAGCCCAACGUGAUCCUGGACAUCUCCAACUACACGCCGCAGAAGGUGAAGCAGCAGACGGCUGUGUCCGAGACCUUCUCCGAGUCGUCCUCCGACAGCACCCAGUUCAAUCAGCCCGUCGGCGGCGGUUUCCGGCGUGCCAACAGCGAGGCCUCGAGCAGCGAGGGCCAGUCGAGCCUGUCCAGCCUGGAGAAGCUGAUGAUGGACUGGAACGAGGCAUCGUCCGCCCCCGGUUACAACUGGAACCAGAGCGUCCUCUUCCAGAGCAGCUCCAAGCCAGGCCGCGGACGGCGGAAGAAGGUGGACCUGUUCGAGGCCUCACAUCUGGGCUUCCCGUCAACCGCCUCGGCCAGCGCCGCGGGCUACCCAUCCAAACGGAGCACCGGGCCCCGGCAGCCUCGGGGCGGACGGGGUGGCGGGGCCUGCUCAGCCAAGAAGGAGCGGGGCGGUGCGGCGGCCAAAGCCAAGUUCAUCCCCAAGCCACAGCCGGUCAACCCGCUGUUCCAGGACAGCCCAGACCUCGGCCUGGACUACUACAGCGGGGACAGCAGCAUGUCACCACUGCCCUCGCAGUCGAGGGCCUUCAGCGUGGGCGAGCGAGAUCCCUGUGACUUCAUGGGACCCUACUCCAUGAACCCGUCCACGCCGUCGGACGGCACCUUCGGCCAAGGCUUCCACUGCGACUCGCCCAGCCUGGGUGCCCCUGAGCUGGAUGGCAAGCAUUUCCCGCCGCUGGCCCACCCGCCCACGGUGUUUGAUGCUGGCCUGCAGAAGGCCUACUCCCCCACCUGCUCCCCGACCCUGGGCUUCAAGGAAGAGCUGCGGCCGCCACCCACAAAGCUGGCUGCCUGUGAGCCCCUCAAGCAUGGGCUCCAGGGGGCCAGCCUGAGCCAUGCAGCUGCAGCCCAGGCCCACCUGAGCUGCCGGGACCUAACGCUGGGCCAGCCCCACUACGACUCCCCCAGCUGCAAGGGUACGGCCUAUUGGUACCCGCCAGGCUCGGCCGCCCGCAGCCCGCCCUAUGAAGGCAAGGUGGGUUCAGGGCUGCUGGCUGACUUCCUGGGCAGGACGGAGGCCGCGUGCCUCAGUGCCCCACACCUGGCUAGCCCACCGGCCACACCUAAGGCCGACAAGGAGCCACUGGAGAUGGCCCGGCCGCCCGGCCCACCCCGUGGCCCCGCUGCAGCUGCUGCUGGCUAUGGCUGCCCACUCCUUAGUGACUUGACCCUGUCCCCCGUGCCGAGGGACUCGCUGCUGCCCCUGCAGGAUACCGCCUACAGGUAUCCAGGCUUUAUGCCGCAGGCGCAUCCCGGCCUGGGUGGGGGCCCCAAGAGCGGCUUCCUGGGGCCCAUGGCGGAACCUCACCCUGAGGACACAUUCACCGUCACCUCCCUGUAGUGCCAACUGAAGUGCCGACUGGACCUCGAGGUUUUGUUCCUGGGUCCCGGGCAGGGACCACCUGAGUCCCAGGAAGCACUCACCACUUGAACUCUUGCAAGGGAGGGCGUUUGCAUCGCCCUGCGUGUGACCGAUGGAGGAAGAAGCAGGUUGGAUAAUUAUCCACCGAGGCCCAUCCAGGAUACUGACCCUGCCUGCUUCCUUGUCUCCCUGGGAGCUUCAUUUAGUUGAAGAUGCAGUCUGGCAAGGGCCGGGCUGAGGGUGUGGCCAGUAUGUCCUUUUCUGGUCUCCCAGGGUACCCCAAAGGCUAUUUUUCAACAGGGGUGUUGGGAUCUCCCUGUGCCUGGGGACCUGUAGCCAGCGGGUCUAUCCCCAGGCAGGAUGUUUCCUACCUAGAAAAAGCCAGUCCCUUUCCUGAAGCCAAAUGCUUUUCUUAAGAAUUCCAUUAGGGAACUACCUGGCAGUCCAGUGGUUAGGACUCCUCGUUUCCACUGCAGGGGGCGUGGGUUCGAUCCCGGUUUGGGGAACAAAGAUCCUGCGAUCCUGCAAGCCUCACUGCGCGGCCAAAAAAAAAAAAAAAAAAAUUCCGUUAAAUAUUGUUAGGUAUUCAGAUAUUGUUUUAUCAGGUACUGUCACCUCCUUGAGUUUUCUUAAUAUUUUGUGUUUAGGAAAAGGAAAAUAAAAGAGGGGAAAUGCCCCCAAAGUGGUAAAACGGGACAGAGUUGGAGGAAUCAUUUUCUUGAUGAACAACCUGCUCCAGAAAUGCAGCCAUAACUGGCCCAUGAGAUCCCAGUUUUGGAACAGACCUGUUACAAAAAUUGACCCAGACGUGGUGGGUGGUGAUGGAGUGGGCUGGGGACCUGUUUGAGCCCCUCACUUCCCCCCACCUCUGCUACUACUACAGCCUCCUGGGAGUGCCUUUUCCUGGAGAAUGAAUAGCAGGGCUCCUGGAAAGCCCCGUCCCUGCUCUGGGAAGGCUAUUCGAGGCCAGGGUGACUCAGGGUCCUGAAGUCAUGUCAGUGGAAACUUAUUACCCCCUCUCUGCCUGACCUCAGCUCCCUUGGUGCCUGAAGAUGGCAAAGGGCAGCACAUGGGAGUCAAGCGGCCUGGGGAAGGACUAUUCCCCAACUGGCCAACUUGCUACAUGCCCUUGACCAAGCUUUUGCCCCUCCUCCACCCACCCCCCGCCUCUGUUUCCCCGUCUGUUGAAGGCAGUUGACUUUGUUAAUCUCUUGGGCUCUUAAAACUCUGCAUGGCAUAGACAGUGGACCAGACUUUCUUGGGGGGCAGCAUAUUUUUCCUCCUAAUGAAACCAGACCGAGAUUUAAAUGGCCUUCCGUUCCCCAUGCACCUCAUUGCAAGCAGCAGAGCCGCAGAUCUGAAGCAGGCCAGGGAGAAGCUGCUUAGGGUUUAAAAUGUCAAACUCCUGAUCCUUCUCACUGGAGGGGAGAUGUCUCAUGGAUAAUCCAGACAUGUGAAAUAAUCAGAAGACCUUUCCUCCUGGGCUCUGGGUGGGAAAAUAAACGGGUGAGGGGGCUGGGUGUUUGGGCAGGUCACGGCUCAGUGAGAUACAUAAUGGAACCACCCAGUGAGGCCUGAACGCAGGAGGAACUGGGAUGCCAUCCAGCCCCACAUUCUGGCCCCGCUCCCCACUCAGAACUGGGAGUUGACAACACUGUCCUCAAACCGAUGCAUUCAGUUGUUCCAGAGACGUCUGUCCAGCACCCACUGCAUGCCAGGCACUGGGGACACAGCAGUGAACACCUCAAACGAGGUCCUGGUCCUCAGGGGGCUUCCAGUUUAGCGGGAAAGACAGUAAACAGGAUGACACAAAGCAUUUGGUAAUUAUCGCUGUAGGAAGGACUGUGCAAGAGGAGAAAAGCUAGGAGGCCAUGAGGGCUUGCAGCCAGUUGACCAGAUGCUGAGGCUGAUGCCUGAAAGAUGAGGGGGGUGUCAGCCAAAUGGGGAGUGGGAAGAGCAUUCUGGGCAGAGGGAACAGCAGUGGGUAAAGCCCUGAGGCAGGAAGCGGCUCAGCUUUGAGGAGCCGAUGGGAGGACAGCAACACUGAGUGAGGGGGUGAGGGGGCAGGGCCAGAUCAUGCAGGGCAUUGGAAGGAGUUUGAACUUUGUCCCAAGACAAAUGGGGAACCACUGAAGCGUUCUCAGCUGGAAUGUCCUGGGCCACAGUGGAGCAGGGCCGGUGUUGAAGGAGGGAGACCGGCUGCGGUAGCCCAGGCAAGCAGUGGUGGUGGCUUGGACCAUGGUGGUGGGAGGGCUGUCCCCCUUCUUCAUCCAAACACUCCCUCAUCCAGGAAACCCCCCCCCGCCCCCCGCCCAAGGACUGAUUACAAUCAUUGUGGGAGUGAAGAAGCCUUGGGGAUAUAGGGAAGGAGAACAGUGAGGAAAAAGAGUUAACAGAGGGAGUGUCACUGUCAACAGAGGGCUUAAGCAGGGAGGACAGUGACACACUCAUUCACCAACAGGCAGUGAGCCCUUUUGACCCUGGGCACAGGGGGAGCAGUCACUGAGCUUAGCCUCACAUCUUGAGCCCCUCCAUGCCCGUCCCGAUACCAGGCACAGGGAAGACAAAGCAGACGUGGCCCCUGUCCUCAGAGUGCCCAUCCACCCCAAAAAAGCUAAAACGAGCACACAGAGAGCCUCAAACACCUGGUGGGAAGUGGCAGGGAGAAGCAAAGCUCGUGCACCAGGAAGGUGGGCCAUGGGGUCAGAAGUCACCUCUCUGCCCCUUUGGUGAGGAAAGGGACAUAUAUUCGUGCUGGGCCCUUUGUGCAACACUGCCUCACUGACCCUUCACAGCAGCCUGGAAGGUGCGGUUCCUCACCCUCACCCCCCCAUCAGAGAGCUGAGGAAACAGGUACAGCUCUGAACCCUGCCCAGGGGAUCCAUAGGCAGUAAAUCAUGGCAGAGUCAUGAUUUGAACCCAGUACUGCACCCCCUGCCAGCCUGGAUGCUCUGCUCCCCCUCCACUCUGUGCCCCUGAUUCCCCAUCCGCAAAAUGACGGGUUGGUUGGAUGCUCCCUAGACGCUUUCUGGGUCUGACAUUUUAAAUGGAUUUUGAGGUUCUGUGAAAGAAGCUGCAUCUGAGCCCGUCCUUGAAGAAUAGGCAAGACUUGGACACACGGAGACGGAGACGGGGGGAAGGGCAUUCCAGGCCGAGGAAACCGUGAGCCAGGGCAGGUCACAUCCCAAUGUGAAUUAGAAGAAGAAAGCUUGGAGGAGCCAGAGUGGGGAAUGUGGGACCUCAAUGGUCUGGGAGCUGAGUUGAUGGGACA